AUGUCGACCGAGAAUCCCAGAGGUGACAGACGACCAGGAUUGUAUCCAAUACCUACAGAAUCUCUGUUUAAAAAACCUCCUAUUCCUAAGAAACCAGUUGGUUUUGGUCAGACAGAUCCAGCACAGGAGUCCUUCGCUAAAAAACGAGCUACUUUUGAUCAAAUGCUUAGCGAAUCGAUAGCAAAGCCACCUGCUGGAGCAAGAAAACCAGCUGGGUUCAAUCAAACAGCUCCAGCAAGUGAGUCCUUCGCUAAAAUACGAGCCACUUUUAAUCAAAUACCUGAUGGAUCCCUUCAAAAGAAACCUCCUAUUGCCAGAAAACGAGCCUGUUUUAAACAGAUACCUCCAGCACGCCCCCUAAGUUCGCUGGACAAUUAUCCGCCACCUCCACCGGUACCGCCCACUCCCCCGUAUGAAGACGGAGGGUAUGAUAUGGACUCUACCGUUUACUAUGAUCCGUGGUCGCCCAACUUCCCAGUCCAGCUUCCAAUAAGUACCCCUUCGGAUGCCGAACUCCACGCCGCUGAGUCAAAUCCGUUUUCAUUUAGUCCAUCAAGAAAACAGGAAUCUCCCAUGUUUCCAGCACGCUAUAAAUUUGACCCUGACACUUUUUUUACCAGUCAGGGAAGCAUAAGAUCCGGAACAAAUUUUGAAUACCAUCUAGACACACCAUCGCCUCUGCUGCGACCACCACCGCCAGUGCCACCCAGAAGAAAACCUCCCGUGCCAUUGCCAAGAACAAAAUUUCCCCCACGCGAAACGGAUGACGACCAAGCAUUUUCACAGAUUACUAAUCCAUUCGCCAAGCCGGGACCCCAUGAUGACUAUGUGGGGUCCAGCGUCGUUGUUGGACUCACGGCAAAGACAUUCACAAAAUUUAUUAAAGAUGUGGAUGCAGCGUUCGUGUUGUUUUAUGAUCCUGGUGACGAGGAUGGCGCUUGGGCUAAAGCAGGUGUGAAAAAGGCUGCAGAAGUCACAAAGAAAGAGAAUCACGUCUUUGCAGCAGUGGACUGCACCAAGGAAAGAGAACUGUGCAGGAAACAGAAAGUGUUGAGUGUUCCAACAAUGAAACUGUUUGUGAAAGGCAUGACGGUAGAUACCUACGGUAACGUGCCCUUGUUGCCGGCGGAGAUCCGACAGUAUGUAGAGAACGCCCCCAACGUCAAGGACACUGCAGUGGUCAGGAACCGGUGCCAAGUUCAAUAA